UUUUUGCAAAGUCUUGGUCAAUUUAAGGACAUCUUACAUUUUUCGCUAGAUUUGGCCGCUCCGUCUCGUAGCUUACGCCGUGAACACAACGCGGUGAACAAGCCUCAACCAGAAUACCGCGCAUUUUGGAUUUUGAUUACAUACCUAUUAUAAUUUUGAUGGAAGACUACGUGCCGAAUUCUCGAAGACUACUUGUUUUUAUUUGCUAUGUUGUGUAAUUAGUGUAGUUUGUUGCCAUCACUUGCUUCUGGCAAAUGGAUACGUCCAUUGAACUUGAUGGUGUUUUGACUCGAGCCUGUACAAAGCAUCUGAUUUUCUCAUUUAUAAAAUAUCUUCUCUACCAAAGAGGGCAGAUACCAUUCCAGUUUGAUUCGUUGAGAAAAUAUGCUGGGAGAGCAGCUAAUGAAGUGGAGCCUGACUUGAAUUUACUUCAUGAACUGAAAGAUGAAGAUUGGUGUAGUGAUGCAGAAGGGGUCCGACGUCACCAGCAGCUGUUGCGCCAGAAUCUUAUGCAAGCAAGGCAUGCCAGGAGAAGACUGAAAAGAGAUGAGAGACUUCAAAAAAGGAUAAAGAUGUUUCUAACCAAAUAUGAUGAGUGUGAUCAGCAACUGUCUGACGCGCUGGACAGCUGCAGCUGGCCGGACGGAGUUCGCGUAGCGCUGCUGCUCGGCAGCUCGGCCGUCAGCCCCAAGGAGGUGUACGUGCUGCAUUUCCCGGCCAUAGCGGCGCAGUUCGACAGACAUCCGCGCUGCCUGCAGCACCAGAGGGGCGCUCGGCAACUCUUUAGGACACUGGUGACGUGCUCACCGCUGCUGGAGCUCACCUCUCGCCAGCUGGCGCCCACUAACCUGCACGUGCUGCUGCGCACGGCGCCGGGCGGCGGCAGCGACACGCCGCUGGUGCCGCGGCCGGCGCAGACGUUCCGCCGCGGCACCGUCAUCCACAUCCGUCUGCAGCACGGCGUGCGCGCGCUGGCCGAGAGUGUGCCGCCGUCACCGGUGGCCGUGUCGCCGUGCUGCGGCCGCGCCGCGCCGCGCCGCCUCCAGGCCUGCUGCGCCCAGUUCGCCGCCGAGAUGGGCCUCUCGCUGCUGGACGCCUCGCUGUCGCCCGCGCCGCCGGUGAACGGACUGGGACGCCUCACAGAGGUGGGUGCCGGCCGCUGGCCGCCCGAGUCGCCCGACCAGUCCCGGGGCGACUCGUGCUCGACCUCGUCCGGCGGCUGCUCUUCGGCCGGCGGCGAGCUGUCCUACGCGGCUCCGUGUGACUGGGCGGCGGGAGCCGGGUCGGAGGACGGCCCGGAGCCGGAGCCGGAGCCGAUCUGGUGUCAGAUCCCGGUGACACUGAGGGGGUUCCGUACGCCGGCCGGCGCCGCCGCCGCCCCGACCGACUGGCUGGCUACUACCGAGUAGCUGAAAUGCGGCCGGCCGCCGCGGUCCCCGAGAUUAUGUCGUGACAAGGGAGAUUCGUUGAUAGCUGCGAGUGGGGGUGUGACGGUGAAAGUCAGCUUUGCUAGUAUUUGGUUAAGGUGUCUUGUCCCGGUUAGACAGUUCAGCUACCCAUAAUCGUGCAUUGUGCAUGCUUUAUUCAUUCUAAAUUGACGAUUGUUUUUUAGUAUCUCGGUGACCGUUCAUGAAUUAAUCAUCAAUAAUAUUGUGUUUUUAAUAAUUGUGCUAGGAAGUAUCUUUGUUUUAGCUAAUAAUAAGCUCUUUCGAAGAUUUUUGCAAUCGAUUUUGGCCUUUAUCUUUUUAUAAACAAGAAGAAUGGCGGUAAAUCAGAAAAAAGACGGUGAGAUCACAAAAUAUAUCAAUCAUUGUAGCACA